GAGUUUUUUUGUACAUUUAUUACGUGUCUUAUCUUGACAUUUUUAAACAUAAUACGCAUUAAAAUGUUGCACACUCGGCUUGCCGAGAGCUUUCGUCAUCAUGGUCCUAGCGCCGUCCCACACCCCGCAGCCAGUCAACAGCCAUCACCUUGUGUCCCGCGAAGCUUCUCCAGGAUUUAUCGUCCAACUGCUAAUGUCCUGAAUCAGGUGUAAUGAUGGCCUCUCCUCAGCCCGGCGCCCCCGCUGCACCGGACCAAGAGAGCCAGCGAGAGGAAGAGGUGCCUCCAAAGAAACGUGGCAGAGGCAGGCCUCCGAAAGCCAAACCGUCCUUCAAAUGCCCCGCGUGCACGGAGGCUUUCGGGAACCUGUCGGCUCUGCGGAGCCACAAGCUGUCAGCGCACGCGAAGGAAGGUCCGCAGCAGCAGCAGCAGCCGCCGCCGCCGCCACAGCAGCAGCAGCAGCACCCGUGUUCCCAGUGCACUAAAACAUUCUCCAGCAAGGCUCAACUCUCAAAGCACGAGCGCACCCACUCGGCCCAGCGCCCCUUCCAGUGUCCCGACUGUCACAAGGCCUACAAGACACCCACAGAGCUGCGCAACCACAGCCGCUCUCACACCGGGGAGAAACCCUUCGUGUGCACAGAGUGCGGCAAGGCCUUCAUGCAGGCGAUAUGCCUGAGGAUCCACAUGACGCAGCACAGCGGAGAGCGUCCGUUCUCUUGCCGCCAGUGCUCCAAGAGCUACCCGACCCUGUCCAAGCUGAAGGUGCACAUGCGCUCUCACACCGGAGAAAAGCCGUACUUCUGUGCCGAGUGCGGCAAGAGUUUCGCCGAUCCUUCGGUGUUUCGGAAGCACAGGAGGAACCACCAAGGCCACCGGCCGUACGCCUGCGACGAGUGCGGCAAGACGUACACGGAGCUGAAGGAUCUUAAAAACCACGAGCGCUCCCACACCGGAGAAAAGCCCUACCUGUGCUCCGACUGCGGCAAGGCUUUCUCCCGCUCCUCGUCCCUCGCCUGCCACCAGCGCAUCCACUCCCAGAAGAAGCCCUAUCAGUGCGAGCAGUGCGGUAAAGGCUUCACCCAGCUCUCCUCCUACCAGUCCCACCUGCGCACCCACUCCGGGGAGAAGCCGUUCCUCUGCCCGCAGUGCGGCAAGAUGUUCUCCGACCCCUCCAGCUUCCGCCGACACCAGCGAGCCCACCAAGGCUUCAAGCCGUACCCCUGCGACAAGUGCUCCAAGAGGUUCCGGCAGCCCGCCGACCUGGCCGUGCACGAGCGCGUUCACUCCGGGGAGCGGCCUUACAAAUGCCAGAGCUGCGACAAAGCCUUCGUGGCGUCCUGGGACCUGCGGCGCCACAUGCUGGUCCACACGGGCCUCAGGCCCUUCUCUUGCACCGAGUGCGACAAGUCGUUCGCCGAGCGCUCCAGCCUCAACAAGCACCGGCGCGUGCACUCCGGGGAGCGGCCUUUCAAGUGCGAGGAGUGCCUGAAGUCGUUCGUGGUGUCCUCAAGCCUGCGCAAACAUGAGAGGACUCACCUGGCUGAGCAACAACAACAACAACAACAACAACAGGAGGAGGAGGAGGAGGCAGAAGCCGGGUCGGCCUUCCCCACAGACACGACUCUCCCUCAGUUCUCCUGCACCCACUGCGACGCCACGUUCGGGAGCUGGGAUGAAGUGCAGUCGCACGAGAGCCUUCACGCGGUCGACUCCGCCCCCCCGGCCGCCGCCGCCAAGGUCGCGCCCGGCUCGCACGUCUGCGAGAGCUGCCGGGCGGAGUUCGAGCGGCCGGCGGACCUGCGGGAGCACGAGAAGCAGCACCCCAAGCCGAGGCCGCACGUCUGCGGCAGCUGCAGCAGAGGCUUCCUCAACAAAUCGGGGCUGCGUAAACACCAGAGGAUCCACUCGUCCACCAAGCCGCACAGCUGCCCUCGCUGCGGCAAGGCCUUCCUGUUCGCCGCCUACCUCCGCAAGCACCUGCGGACGCACGCCGACGCGGCCGAGCCCGCCGAGCGGCUCAGCGACCUGAACAUCAUCCACACCGACCCGCUGCCGUCUCCUCCGCCCACCGGCGAGGCGACGCCGCCCGCCGGCGCUCCGCCACCGCCGGCGGCUCCAGCGGCCGUGCCCGUGAUGGGGUAUCAGACUGUGCCGGAGUACCUGGUCAAAGACGAGGGGCUUUGAGGUCCGAGCCUGUAGCCGGGGGGUCUUCCUAGUGUUCUUUUUCAAGAAACCUUUACAAAAAAGCAGUGUUGUUUGUGUGUACUGUCAGCGCUUUGCCACUUGUUGUAUUGCCCGGACGUGUCAAAGAUGUUACGUAUGCUGGUCAUGUUUUAAAAUAUAUGCUGCGUCGCUUACUAUGGAAUCUGUUAUCGGUAAUCUCUUCAUUACCACAUGUGGUGUUGCAAACAUGUAAGCUGAUCACUCGAGUGUUUUUAUAAAGCCUUUUCUGCUAAUGUAAUUCUCCUCUGAAAUUACAUUUUUUAUCGGAACAAAGUUGUCUGUUUCACCGCGUAAGUAUUGGAAUUAUUUAAUGUAAAAUCUGUUCGGUGGAAAGAAAGGAAGUCUGUUGCAUUCCAAAAUGUUUAAUUGGAUGAGUUACAUUUUAUACAAAUAAAAAAAGAUGUGCGAGG